GUGGCUCCGCUGGGGAGGAGAGCAUGGAGUGAAUUUGGCCGCAAUCAUGGGCAACAAGCAAGUCAAGUCAGCUGGAGAGAGCAACGGCUCCUCCAACUCGCAGGAGCAGCCGGCCAGUGGCCCCGAGGUGGUCAACGGGGUCGAGGCACCACCCCAGUUGACGGAGCACCAGGUGCAGCUGCUCGAGGAGACGUGGAAGGAACUCGAGUCCAACAUUGCCAAGGUCGGCGUCAUCACAUUCAUCAGCCUCUUCGAGACGCACCCCGACGUUCAGGAAACUUUCCUGCCGUUCAACGGCGUCGCAUUGGAGGAGCUGUCACAGAGCAAACAACUCAAAGCACACGCCUUAAGGGUGAUGGCGUUUGUGCAAAAGGCGAUCGCCAGGAUCCAUGAGCCCGAAAAGCUGGAGGCGCUGCUGAGAGACCUCGGCCAGAAGCACUACUUCUAUGGCGCCAAGCCUAACUACGUGGACCUGAUUGGGCCGCAGUUCAUAAAGGCAAUUCGUCCUGGGCUGGAGGAAAAGUGGACUGAGGAGCUGCAGGAGGCCUGGCUGCAACUUUUCCGCUACAUGAGCUGCAUCAUGAAAGUGGCCAUCGAGCAGGAGCGCAUCACCAGCGGGGUCGCUCCCACGCACUGAGGGUCCGGCAGCCAUGCGGGCACUUUCGUCGUGGGUUGGGUGAACAACGCAGACUCUUACCAAGAAGAGGAAGAAGCGAAAGGAAUUCUUGGAACAUGACAAACUAUGUGCAUUUAUUGGAGAAAGAAGAAGACGCGAAUUUGGCGAAAAGGGACGGUUCAAUUCCUCGGUUAGUUUUAGAGUGAAAAAAGCAGCUUUUCAUGUGUAUGUAAUUUAUUCAUCGAGAGAAUAUUUCAAACUAAAUAAUUAUUACGAAAAUUGUGGCAUAAGUUUAAAGCAUCCCUCUGUUUUGAAUGACACACUUUGAAGGGAGCGUUUCGCGUUUUCGGAGGGGGUUAGAAUUUGCAUACAAACUGAAACGCUCCGACACCUGUGUUUAUUCAAUACAGAAUGAUUAUGCUUUGGAAACUUGCUGGAAUCAGGAGCGAAUUUUCCGCUUGGUUGUCGCACUUUUGAGAGCGAUUGUUGCUUCUGCGCGCACCGUUAAAAGGCCAUUUGCGAUCGUAAAUAUGUACGGCAGUGUGUCGUGUGUGCAGCCAGUCAAUUUGAAGUUUGUUCGUCGCUUGCUUUGAUGGCUCACAACAUUCUCUCCUCGCGGGCUAAAAGCCGCCACAUUUUCGCUAAUGGCAAAGACCCACAUCUGGCGUCGACGAGCGCGAAUUGAGGCCAAACAAACAUUAUUGAAACAGAAAUUUGAAACAAAUUUAAUCACAAUACAUGUUUUUCUAAAAUCGAAAGAGCUAAAAAUAAUAUUUUUUCCAAGCAAAAUAUGGGAAUAAAAUUUUAUUGAAUUUGUCAGUUUGUUUUUCUUCUUGGAUGCAUUUUAUAACAUGGUUAGAAGUUCACGGGAGUUUUUUUUUAUAAAUUUGUUACAUUGUGAUUGCAAACGUAGCGGCAGAAUCUCUGCUCUGCUUUAUUUAGGCUGGAAAAAUAUAUUGGAAAACACAAGAGAGCUCUUUGGAUUCGAGUGGUCUCGUGAAUAUUUCAUAGCAGCAGCAUUAAUUUUUCAGCCCCUGCUGCGCGAACAAUUGUUUUUUUCUGGUUUGUUUGCUUUUGAAUAAAUAUGGGUUGGGUACAUACAUUAUAUCAUACAAUUUUGCGCAGCUGAAAGAGAGGAAAUAGGAG